AUGGGUGCCGCGGGCCUGCUGUGGGUUUCCUUGGCUCUCAUCACGCCGGGGGUCCUCGGGAUUUCUUGUGACCCUCCUCCUCCUAUCCAAAAUGGUCGGAAUAGUUACACUUCUGGCCCCAUACCUCUGAACACUUUGGUGAGGUACAGUUGUGCCAAUACCCACCGCAUGAUUGGAGAAAAGAAUCUUUUUUGUAUAAGUAAAGACCAAGUGAAAGGAAUCUGGGAUAAAGCUGCUCCUACAUGUGAAUAUUAUAGAAAAAUUUUUUGCUCUGAGCCUAGAGUGGCAGGGGGACACAAAGAUAAAAUGUCUAGACCGCCAUACAGACAUGGUGAUUCUGUGACCUUCACCUGUAAUGCCAACUUCACCAUGAAAGGAAAUAAGACUGUUUGGUGCCAAGCAAAUAGCAGGUGGGGGCCGACACCACUACCAACCUGUGAGAGUGAUUUCCCCCUGGAGUGUCCACCACUUCCCAUGAUUCCCAAUGGACAUCACACAGCAGAGGAUGUUGGCCUUUUUGUCCCUGGACUGUCUGUGACUUACAGCUGUGAACCUGGCUACUUGCUUGUUGGAGAAAAGAUCAUUCGUUGUUUGUCUUCAGGAGACUGGAGUGCAGUCAUCCCACAAUGUAAAGAGGCACAGUGUGAUGCUCCGGGACCAUUGCUAAAUGGGCAGAUAAAGGGGCCUGCAAGUCGACGGGUUGGCGUGACUGUGACCUUUUCCUGUAAUGAAGGAUAUCGAUUACAAGGCCAACCUUCUAGUCAGUGUGUAAUUGUUGGACAGAGAGCUUUAUGGACCAAGAUGCCAACAUGUGAAGAAAUCCUUUGCCCACCACCUCCUCCUCUUCUCAGUGGAAGUCAUACAGGAAACCCUUCAAUGAAUUUUCCAUACGGAAGCACAGUCACUUACACUUGUGACCCAGGCCCAGAGAUAGGAGUGGACUUCAUCCUGAUUGGGAAGAACACUAUCCGUUGUACCAGUGAUAGUCAGAAGACUGGCAUCUGGAGUGGUACUGCCCCACGCUGUGAACUUUCUACUCCUGCAAUUCAUUGUCCACCUCCCCAGAUCCCAAGAGGCAAAAUAUUGUAUGGGAAGAAAGAUCAAUAUUCAUAUAAUGACACUGUGGUAUUUGGUUGCUUGUUUGAUUUCACCUUGAAAGGGAGCAAUAGAACAAGGUGUAGUGGCCGAGGCACAUGGGAGCCAUCUGAACCAGUCUGUGAAAAGGAUUGCCAAGCCCCUCCUAAAAUCUUCAAUGGGCAAAAGGAAGAUACACACAGGAUCCGCUUUGAGCCUGGAGCAUCCAUAAAAUACAGUUGUGACCCUGGCUACAUGCUGGUGGGUGAAGAAUCCAUACAUUGUACCUCUGAGGGGGAGUGGACACCCACUGUCCCCAAGUGCAAAGUGGCAGACUGUGAGCCCAUAGGAAAGUAUCUCUAUAAAAAACCCCAGGAUCGAUUCAUUAGACCAGCUGUUAACUCUUCUUGCGAUGAAGGGUUCAGGUUAGGAGAGAGUGCUUAUCAGCUGUGUCAAGGUGCCAUUCCUUGGUUUAUGGAGAUUCGUCUUUGUACAGAAAUCACCUGCCCACCGCCCCCUGUUAUCUACAAUGGGACACACACAGGGAGAUCCUCAGAAGACUUUCCAUACGGAACCACAGUCACUUACUCAUGUAACCCUGGGCCAGAGGAAGGCGUAAAAUUCAAGCUCAUCGGGGAGAGCACCAUCCGUUGUACAACCAAUGAUCAGGAGAGGGGCAUCUGGAGUGGCCCUGCUCCUCUCUGUAAACUUUCCCUCCCUGCUGUUCAGUGCUCACAUGCCCACAUUGAAAAUGGAUACCCGAUACCAGGCAAGGAAGCCCCAUAUGUCUACAAUGACAGUGUGACAGUCAAGUGUGAUGAAGGAUAUACUUUGAAGGGCAGCAGUGAGAUCCGUUGCAAAGCCAAUAAUACCUGGGAUCCUGAAAUACCAACUUGUGAAAAAGAAGCGCCAUGUCAGCCUGUGGGAGAAGAUGUUCAAGAGCUUCCAGCUGAUUCACAUGUGGUUCUAGUUAAUAGAUCCUGUCCGGAUGGGUACGAGCUGAUUGGGCAUACUUUUCAGAAGUGUGAAGAUGAUGAGAAUAGGAUUUGGUUCCAAAGGAUUCCACUCUGUGAAGCUAUUCUCUGUCCACCUCCUCCACGGAAGAUUGACAACGGGAGGCACACAGGUGUGAUGGCAGAACAGUUUCUUUACGGAAUGGAAAUCUCUUAUGAAUGUGAUCCCGGAUUCCUUCUUCUGGGAGGGAGAAAAAUGCGAUGCAUAAGAGAUUCCAAAGGACAUGGAUCUUGGAGUGGAUCUCCCCCACAGUGCUCAAAACCUCCUCCUGUGGCUGACUGCCCUCACCCACAAGUCAAACAUGGCUACACGCUGAAUAAAACUCGUUCAUCGUAUUCCCACAAUGCCAUUGUAUAUGUUGCCUGCAACCAGGGUUUCAUCAUGAAUGGCAGUGACUUGAUUAAGUGCCAUACCAAUAACAAAUGGGUGCCAAGCAUACCAACAUGUAUCAGAAAGGCCUUCAUAGGAUGUCAACCUCCAUUUGAGAUAUCCAAUGGGAAUCAUACUGGUGGUGAGAAAGCUCGAUUUUCUCCUGGGAUGUCAGUCGUGUACAGCUGUGACGAAGGCUACGGGCUGGUGGGAGAGGCACUCCUCAUUUGCACACACGAGGGCACCUGGAGCCAACCUGCCCCUGUUUGUAAAGAGGUAAACUGUAGCUCCCCAGAGUAUAUGAAUGGAAUCCAGAAGGGGCUGGUGUCUGGGAAAAAGUAUCAGCAUGGUGCAGUUGUUAAUUUGGAGUGUGAAGAAGGGUAUACCCUGGAAGGCAGUCCUCAGAGCCAGUGCCUGGAGGAUCAUGGAUGGAACCCUCCCCUGGCUGUUUGCAAAUCACAAGGCUCACUCACUCCUCUCGUUGGUGGGCUUUCUGUAGGUUUGCUAUUUCUUCUCUUCUUGACUGCUGUCACCUUAUACCUGCUACCAAAACACAGAAAACGCAAUUAUUAUACAAACAAAAGCCCCACAGAAGGAGAUCUUCACUUAGAAACACGAGAAGUAUAUUCUAUUGAUCCGUACAACCCAGCAAGUUAA